UCCCAUUUCCGAUAGCAUUGGAAGGCAGCAUUCCACGGCAGUAACUGUUACUGCUUGACACUUUAGCUUACAGACAAGAAACAGCGUCGUUGUCGUUCAAAGAAGUUUCCUUUCACAAUGUCAGCAGCCGGUCCAGAAGGUUCUGAUGCAGCGUCAGGCAACAGGCGCUUGCAGCAGACCCAGGCCCAGGUGGAUGAGGUUGUGGAUAUUAUGCGUGUUAACGUGGACAAAGUGCUGGAACGUGACCAGAAGCUGUCUGAACUAGAUGACAGAGCCGACGCCCUGCAGGCUGGAGCCUCCCAGUUCGAGACCAGUGCAGCUAAGCUGAAAAGGAAGUACUGGUGGAAAAAUUGCAAGAUGUGGGCCAUCCUGAUAGCUGUCAUAGUGAUCAUCAUCAUCAUCAUUGUUAUUUGGAAUUACUCUUAAAACAGCAACGAGAGGAGGAGUGAAGGAAACGAAGGAGAGGAGCAACAUACAUAAUUAAUAUCUCAAAGGAAGAUGUCACAUGAUUAGUGGCUACUGUAUUUCACAAUGUUUUUCUUCUGACAGGGGUCUUCAUUUCUUGGCCUGGUUUGCAUGGGUGGGUGUGUGGGUGGGUGUGUCUGAGUAAAGGAUUGUCACAAUACCAGUUUUACCCUGCAUUACUACAUCAUACCAGACAUAUUUACACUUGAAUUAGAAUUCAGUUGCACUUGCCAAAGAAAACAGAAACAUACAAAAAUGACUCAACUCAAUCUCAACCAAAACCUGUUUAAAUGAAUCCUCUUAGAAUGCGUGACAAAGCACACACACAUGCGCGCGCACAGGCACACACACAUACGUGUACAUACAUACAUUAACCUCAGGACAUCAAGUAAAGAAUGUUGUUGUAAACUCUCCUGAAUUUAUAUAGACUUUUUUAUGUUUUAUUAAUAGCCAUUGACUUUGUGUGCCAGGCUAAAAGAAGUGCCUUUGAGGAAUUGCUGUUCUGUUAGUUAACCUAGUAUUAGUCACCCUGCAUAUCAUUGAAGAGAUGCCCCUUUCCAACACACACACAUUUGUACUUUUCAUAAGCCAAAAUUUUGUUUUUCUUAUUUAAAUUUUCUCUUUUUGAAUGGUCUUGUCAUUUUAAGUUUAAUUACAGUUGACCAUGGAAGACUGGGAUCCAAUGCCUUACUCUAUUUAUACACAAGGUUAUUUGCUAAUUUCUCUGCGCAAGACAUUUGAAUUCAGAUUGAAUUAAGGGCAAAUUCAUUGGUCAUCCGGCAUCAAAUAAGCUAACCGGUAACACACUGUUGAACCACCUGAUCGUACCUGUCAUUGUCAAUAUUCUUGUCAGGUAGGACAGUAAAAACUGUUUAGAGAAGUGUCUUUAUGUUAUGACCUACUGCCUUACAGCUACAGUAAGGUUAGAGAAACUGCUAUGAAGUUUUUUACACUUCACGUGGUGCUACACUGGGUUAAAAGUGGCAUAUUGUUUCAAGCAGGUGUUCUCAAGGACAUGCUAGAAAGUUUGCCUUUGUGAUAUAUUCAGGCACAAAAAAAUGAGAAAAUGUAAGACUGGACAGAUGUCUUCAUAGGUUUCUCCAAUGGAGAACAGCCAAAACACAGCCCGCCUUAUUGAUCAUAUACAAAUGUGUAAAGUAGUGCCUUCAGAAUGCUCCAACUGUCCAAACAAAUACUUUGCUGCUUGCUUAUUCAGCUGAACUCAUUAGCCUUUAAUAAAGUCUUCUGUUAGUCAUACUGUCCUUUUUCCCCACUUGAUUGAUGCAAAGUACUUCUCACAUGUGAUAUUUUAGUGUUAUGCCUCUAACAAUAGCUUUUUGCAAUCUAUUAAAUGUAGAUCUAACCUUAAGAAGACUGUGUAGUAUUUUUUCGUUUUGGAGAUCACUGCUGCUCAACAUCAUGCAUUCUUGUGUAGAGAAAAACUUUGUUGGGCAAUGACAGCGUUAUAUACCAACACUGGAUGAUUGCAUUCUGUUGCCUCCAACUCUAUUAAAAUAAAUGUAUUUUAAUGAGGAAAACAA